AUGGCCGAUACUCACCUUGCUGGAGGCCCUUCCGUCCGCAACACCAACACCAACAUCAGCGUCGCCUCUGACUUUGCGUCCAUUCCUCACACCGCUGGUAUCCCAAUGGCUUCUGCAGUCGCCAACGCCGGCGCCGGCGCUGCAGGGCCUGGGCUUGGCUGGAGGGAUCCACCCAAGGGACUCGAGCUAGCCCAGGUUCACUAUCUCGUCCGCCAUGGAGAGAGGACGCCCGUUCGCACACGCCUCACCCAUCUCUUCCCCGAGAAGUGGAAUCUCUGUCGAGCCGGGCGCGAGUUCGAUGCAUGCGUGCUGGAGCUCACCCCGAGCGCAGACAAUUCGAUUCCACCCUACCAGGUCGGCCAGGUCGGCUCAGCCAACACGGCGACCAUGCACAGCAGCAUCAUGCGCAUGCGCAGGAGCGUCGAGACCGAGUCAUCACGAUCAGGGCGCGGACUGCCCGACGAGGAAGGCGAAUGCUUGCUAGGCGAGCUCACCGACCUGGGAAGGCUGUCGACCUUACGCUUUGGUCGCGAACUCCGCUCGCUCUACGUCGACCGCCUCGGCUUCCUGCCGCAACUGCUCACGAGCAAAGACAAUGACGCCCUCUACUUUCGCAGCACCAACAUGGGUCGCACCAUCGAGAGCCUGGAGCAGGUCAUCCGCGGUUUGCACUCGAACACGGUCUCACCAAACACACAAGGGCAGUUCAUCCCCAAGGUGCUCGUUCGCAACGGCACCGAUGAGAACCUUCUUCCCAACACGUAUGGAUGCUCGCGACUGCAAGGGCUCGACCGAGCGUUUGCAGACGCCGCAGCGCGCGCCAUGAAUCCCAAGUUGGAAGAAUUCGACAAGGAGUUCGAAGCUGUCACAGGAGGCAAGCCGCGCGUGGAUGGGCGGCCGCGCCUGAACGGCAUCGUCGACACGGUCAAGGCAGCCCAGGCACACGGGUUCCCCAUUCCGGCGGGGCUGUCGGACAAGCGCAUGCUCCAAACAUUGGAAAGUGCCGUCGUCGCCGAGUGGUUCUCGGGCUACAAUGCGCCGGACCCGGAACAGAAGCUCGAAUUCCGCAGACUGGCUAUGGGCAGGUUCGUCAACGACCUCGCCUCGCGCAUGGCCGUGCGCGCCGACAAGGGCGAGCAGGAUCCACUCAAGUUUGGCGUGUACGCAACGCACGACACAGCGCUCGCCGGUCUGCUGUGCACGCUCGACUGCUUCGACGGGCGGUGGCCCGUGUUCACCUCGUCGAUGGGUGUCGAGCUCUUCCGCGACACGACUGCGCCGAGCUCGUUGCUGAGCAAGGUGCAGCGUGCCUUUGGCCUCGGCCAGAAGCCGCCGCAUUAUGUGAGGGUGCGCUACGGCGACCGCGACAUGCAGCUUCCGGCGUGUGCGCCCAAGGGAAAGCACUACGAGGGCAGGCCCGAGCUGUGCACCCUCGACGCAUUCAUGGACAUUGCCAAGUCGCUCCAGCAUCCUAAGGGUUGGACGUGGGAGCAGCAGUGCGCCGUCGGACAGGGACCGCGAUCGUCCAAGUAG